CUGUUAUUUCAAAGCUUUCCUUGUUUUUUUAUGAUUACCAUUUGGUGUUGGUAUUUUAGUUGAGGCGACUAACCCGCAACCGUGAAAACAUUAAACAGUCAACAAAGCCGUGCUUCGCUGUCAUUCGUCAUUCGCCUGUUUGAUCAACUCACAACACAACAACUGGGCUCCAUGAAGAUUUACAGAUGUACUUGUUAUCGGUUACGAUAAUUGUGCCAUGAUCCAUGAAACAUAUGCAACCCCACGGUAGAUUGUGUUCUUGCAGAAAUUCGUCAAUCCACAGGACAUUUUUAUAGGAGAGAAGUUUUCACCGAGAUUUGUUCCAGUUCAGUGGACAGGCCUUUUGCCGGUUGGAAUAUUGCAAUGAAAUGGACAUGUUUGAGGCUGAUCCCUACAAACAGCAGCUUUGUGCUCUGUUUGAAAGUUUCGACACUGAGAACACUGGAAGCCUUGACCGCAAAGGGCUUCAGCAGCUAUGUGAACAGCUACCGCUUGAUCAAAACCAAUCAUCUGAUCUAAUAAGUGCUGUUCUAUGUGGCUCAUCUACACGAAUUAGUUUUUGUCAGUUUUGGGAUGGCCUCCUAGCUCAUCUAGGUGGUGGAUGGGGUUCAUCUUGUGUUCAGGGCUCAUCUUCUACUGCUGAAAAAUUCAAACAUAAUGAAAUAGCAAAUGAGAGAGGCGAAUCACCUGAAAGAGAAGUUUCACCUAAGUUAGUCUUAGGUCUAAAGAAAUAUGGUCGACGUUCACGACCUGAGAGCUCAGAACUAGAGUUUGACUCAAGUGUCUGUGAUGACAAUCCUGAAAUUACUGAAAGACUGUUAAACGAGUCUCUGAAACAUCCUCCCCAUUUAUCUUUGUCUUCAAAUGGGAAUGAAAGCAGUGGAUCUCAGCCCGUUGGCUGCUUUAAUAAGAAACGACGUCCAAAUGAGGCCCAGGAAAAUCAUUCCUCUGUUUCACCCACUCCAUCUCAACAUGGUCCCACCUUAAAUGGAUUUCAAGGAAGCUUAAGUCAGGCUGAAGAAUAUUUAAAGCAGGCUUGGGUGCAGUUUGGUAAAAACGGCUUUGUACGCCAAGCAGAACUUGAGCAAGUUUGCGAAUGCAUUGGCAAUGAGAAGUUAUCAAGUGAUGCAGUGCAACAACUAUUUGAACAACUUGAUGCAGAUAGAGAUGGGAAAGUUAGUUUUGAUGACUUUCUUCUUUUGUUUCGUUCGGGGGUACCUUGUACAUCAAUUAUGUCUUCCUCAUCUCAAGGGUCUUGGGGUUUUGGUUUAAACACCAGUACCCUCAGUAGUGGGGCAAGCUUAAAUCUCAUUGAAAUUAAUGGAGCUGGAGCUGCAAGUGCUGAUGGAAUAAUUGAACUAUGGGACAACGCAGGAGUAUCAAACCCAUCACUCUUAUUACGAGACCUUAAUGUUGAUGACUCUCUCAAGUCUCUGAAUAUUUCUUCUGUAGCCUGUGCUAUUGAAGAAGAAAUUCUGAGGCAAGGCAAGACUACGUCAGUUCCUGAAGCUUCGGGACUGCCUAUUACCACAGCACCCAGCAUGUUUACUAACAAUUUAUUAUUAGCUGCUCUUUCUUUGAGGCAAACAGAGGUCAGAUGGAUCAGAUCCUCUCUAGAGCAGAUGUCUUGUGAGAGAGACAAACUGAAAAAUGAUCUGGCAGAAGCCAAUUACCGAGCUAGUUUACUUGCCCAAGAAAUUGAUGAUCAUCACUCAAAGUUAGAGAGAGUUAGUCAAAAUCAAUUCAAGUUGUUGGAAUUGAAACAUUCUGAGGCAAUUCGAGAUCUCACUGCUAGAUUCACUGCGGAACGUGAUCAGUUAACCCAGCACAAUAACCGUCUUGAUCAGAAAGUUGCAGCCCUUCAACUUGCAGAAUCUAAACUUGCCUCAGACGUAGCUGCUCUCAAAAUUGAAAAUGAAAGUCUUGAACAGGAGUCACGAAACUUAUCUGAGCAUGUUGCCGAAUGUGAAGAGGCAAAACAUCAAAUGGGCAAGGAGCUUCAGGAGAUAGAAAAUCUUCAACAGCGUCUCGCUGAACUUCAGGCAAAUCAAGAUCAGGAUCGAAUUGAACAUUUAGUUGAUCAGAUUACCAAGUUAAGAUCUGAAAAUUCUAGUUUAAGAGAUCGCAAUGAUGAGCUUGCAGUUGAACUUGAGAUACUGACAACUCGGGUUUCAAACAUGAGAGUGAGAAGACAGGCUGCUUCCUCUGUGGAUGGUAGUCUCAAAAGAAGAGGGAACUCUCCGCUUGGUGUUGAACCUACAGAUGACAGUGGAGAUGAAGAAAGCCCACGUCUUGGAAAAGUACGAAGAUGUUCACAGAAAGGAGAAGUUUCUCUUGAUAACAUACACAUUGAGGGUCUUCAAAUCCAUCCUCUUGGAGCAGCUGAAUCAGGUCUGGAAGCUGAUGUUGAGUACACUGACAACCUGUCUGUGGCAUCCAUCACCAAAAUUCCUCGGAACACUUUGCACUUAGAGAGUGAGCAAUGGAUGAACAUAACCAGUGAGAGCUCAAGCUUACUGGGAAGUCAAGAUGACCUCAUGAAUCUCACCAACUCUGAUCUGGGGUGUCCAUCAAAAGGAAAUAUAGAUAUUGCUCAUUUACAAGCUCGCAUUGUAGAAUUGGAAAAGGCUCUUCACCAUCAUACCAGCAACGUUGUGGGCAGUCAAGAUGUGAAGCAAGGUGAUUUGCAUGGUUUGAAGGAUACAGAUACAGAUUCUCGGUGUAUGAACGAACAGGAUGCAUCAACAAGCAGUUUGCAAACAGAUCAUGUGUCUGGAGAAGACACCCUUCAGAACAAUGAAUCUCAAACUGGCUCUGGUCAAGCAGUACAGCAACUACAACAGCAUUGUAAAGACCUUGAAACCCAACUAGAAAAUGUUAAAGUGCAGAUAGUAAAAAUUCUUUCAGAAAAACGAGCAUGCUCUCAAGAGAACUGCAUAUUAAAGAAAAGGAUUUGUGACUUACACAACCAGUUACCGGACACUACGCUGAACUUUCACGUAUCAUCACCUCCAUGUGAAUCAGUUGUUGACCAAAAUAAUGAUGCUGAAAAGACCUGCGGAGAUCAAGAUGGAAGCCUCUGCCAUCAACCCAGCCGGCUGACUGAGGAAUCUAUUAAUGCAACUGACUCUGCAAUUGUGAAGGAUUUUGAAAGCGAAUCAAAGUGUUUGCUGGAGGAAAAAUUGAAAACUUUACAGGCACAGCAUGAUAGUGAAAUAUCAGCCUUGAGGAACCAAUGCAGUGAUCUUGAAAAGAGUUUGUCUAUGAUGCGAGAUGAGUAUGAACGUUGUGAGGACUAUUGGGCAGGGAAACUUGAUGAGGAGCGGCAAUUAGCUGAACAGGAGCAACAAAUCACAGAUGAAAAGUUUUCUGAACUAAUGUCCAAGAUAAGAGAAUAUGAAGAUCUAUUUGCUGAUGAUCAUAUGCGAAGAACAUGCAAACCUUUGGAUGGUCGUCUAGAAACAAUUGAGGAACAAGAUGGAGUAGAAAAGCAGGUCAUGGAGCUUGAGGAAGAGCUUGAAGAUCUCCGAACCCAAGCACGGGCAAAAUUAAAUGAAAAAGAGAGUGAAAUUCAGAAACUAAAAGAACAGCUGCAAAACCUCUCUGAAAUGCCUCACAGUGCUUGCAGUGCAGCUGUCCAAGUAUCGGAUCUAGAAACAAGAAGUUGGGGAAGUGACCGUACAUUCAUUGUCAAACCUCGCACUGCAAAAAAUGAGGAUGGGUCAGCUGUGCAACAUGUAAAUGGCAAAAUCCCUGCGACAUUGUUGUCAUCCUCAUCCUCCUCUUCAUCAUCGUGUGGCUCCUCAGGCCUGCGUCAUGAUGGAGUUACAAGAGACAUUACCACUGGUACUGUACGUCAUCACCAGCCGCAUAUACGUCAUCGUAGAAUGAGACAUCACCCACAAUAUCCUGCUCUCAACUGUUUAAAUCCUGAGGAUGAGCUACAAGCAGUUGGUUUACGUUUGCGUGAACAGGAGCAAACUUGCAUAAGAUUACAAAGAGCUCUUCGAUCUCAACAGCAACAGACUCAAGCUCUCUUACAACAUUCCUGGGAUCGCCACAAACAGGAGGUUGCUGAUCUUCAGGUAAUUUUGCAGUGUACACAAGAAAAACUCGAACAGCAGGGUGAAAUAUCUAGGGAACAGAUGAAUAGACUGACUCGUUCAGAUAUUUUGGUCAAAGAGCUGUAUGUGGAAAAUGCUCAUUUGCUAGCAUCCAUCCAGAACCUUGAGGAGCGCUGUCUAUUACUUUUUCAACAACAAGCUAGCAUUUCAAGUGCUGAUAAUUGUAGCUCAGUUUAGUUAGUAGCUAUUUCAAUUUUUUGAGAGGCUAACUAAACUAAACUAAAUCAAUACAUGACAUUUCUAAUAAUUAGUGCUCAUAUGUUUGAAGUUUUAAGUCGUACAUUGUCUGAAAAUGGUUUAUUUGUCGUUACAUUUUAUUAUGUAGUACAAGGUUGCAUCAAUUUUUGUGUAGGUUUUCACUUGUGAGAUAAUUUAUAAGUUGAACUUUAGGCUAAACUCGAUUAAUUUUAAAAAUUUGAAAUUAUGACUGAAUCUUAAUUUAUCUAUGUUAUUACUGUUUUGGUACUCUUGUACUUUAGUUUUUAUUUUCUUUGUCUAGAAUGUUGAUUUCAUGACUUGUUGUUGCUUUUAUCUCUGACAUGUACUGUCUCCACAAUUUUGUGUUAAUUCUUAUACCAAAGAUAGACCAUAAUUGUACUUGUUUUGUUUAUGUUUUGGAUUGUUUUUUUUUUAAGAAAUAUUAUGACUAUUGAACCUUACAUGACCGGUGUUGUAUGGUUAGUAAACCUGAUUUCUGAUGUGGAAACUUGCCAAAGGGUGGAUGCUAUUGUCAUCAUAUAUUGUUGUGAACUAGUUCUACUAACAAAGGAGCAAUGAAACAGUCACAUCAGCUUCAUACUGAUGCCUAAAGUAAAAACACUUGAAAGAAAUUUGUGGUUUUCACUCUGAUUUAGUCAAACAUAUAUGUAGUGAUCACAUUACGAUAACAUUGUGUUAUUAUUAUUGGGGUAAUGCAGCUAAUGGGCUGCUGCUUUCUUACAUAUGUGCCUUUUUAAUUAAAACAAAACUUUUACUCA